UGUUGUGUUUGUCUUCAGUUGAGCGGUCGCAUUUAUCGGGUGUGGAUCCUACAGUAAAAUGUAGAAAUAUUACCGAAAUCAAGACAGGUUUUUGUUGCCACAUCCAGAGAAAUCCCUGUACAAAAUGCAAUAGUUAGAAACAUUAAGUUUUUCCAUGAGUAAUCUGGCAAAGGUCGAGUUUUUGAAAAUAAAAGUGCAGUGCAGUGUAUUGCUCCACGAAAACAUAUGAAAUCCGAAGCGAUCUUCAGUCGGUGGGUGCUCGUUGAUGCAUAGCGAAGUUGUAGUCUUACCAAGAGCUCGAAAAAAAACAAGAAACCCCCGAGACGGCCGAAACAAUGCUCAAAGCCACGAGGAAGCCAGCGGAUCCAUACAAAUCGAAGCUGAAAGUUAAUGCCAGCCACAGUGGACCGCAUCCAGUGCCCGUCGAGCUGGCGGGGAAGGAGGUGGAGGAGGCCUCCACUGGUGGCCAGACAUCCCCCCAAAAGCUCAGCCUGAAGGGCAGCCAGCUAGGGGGAAGCAUUUUGAUUGGCAACUACAACUACUUGACCCAGCUGGAGGUAUGCGAAAACGAGAUGGAGGUCUUGGAUCUCAGCUCCCUGGCCCAACUGGAGACGCUAAAGUGCAGCCGGAACAAGCUGAUGGAACUGAUCAUCAAUGCCACCAAUCUGCAGACACUUACCGCCGACCAUAAUUACCUGCUCAACAUAUCCACAACGAACACGCAUCCGGUUCCGCUGAAGCUGCAGUGCAUCGAUAUCUCGCACAACAACUUCAGCGAGCUGCCCAACUGGAUCGGAGCAUGUGCAUCAUUGUCAGCCCUGGAGGCCUCGCACAAUCGCCUUAGCAAUGUGACGGGACUGCUGCGAAAUUACAGGAUCAGUCAGUUGGCAUCCCUGAACCUGGCAUACAACGACCUGAAGCAGCUGGACAUGUUGCCGGAGGCGUUUGGCAGCAUCCGGAGUCUCCAGUUGCAGAGCAAUGAGCUGCCGAGUCUUCCCGAUAACUUCUUUGCCGUGACCCAUACCCGACUGGAAACGCUGAAUGUCUCCUGCAACAAGUUGGCCACCUUGCCGCGCUACGAGCAGAAUAAUCAUGCUGCUCUGGUGAAUCUAUCGCUGGCGGGGAAUCAACUGAACGACAGUAUCUUCGAGCCUUUGCACAAUGCCGCCAAAUUGAGGUUCCUGCAUUUGGCCUACAAUCGCAUUGGUGUUCUGCCCGCCGCCUGUGUCCGCAACUGGCCGGAACUGGAGAUCCUGGUUAUGUCUGGGAACAUGCUGCAACAACUGCCCGAGGAGGUGGCCACUCUGGGCCGGCUGAGGGUGCUCCGCUGCUGCAACAACCUGCUCCUCUGCACCCCGCAACUGGCCAAGCUGGGCAUGCUCAAGGUUUUGGAUCUCUCGCACAAUCAUCUGGAUCGGGUCAAUCUGCUGGCACUGGUUCCCUCGCGAAACCUCAAGUACCUGGACCUUUCGGGGAACUUGCAAUUGCAGGUGGACGAGCAGCAGUUCAAGGUGUGCCAGACCCAGAGCCAGCGCCACUGGAGUCUGAUCGAUGUGUCCGGCAACAACAGAGCAGCCCUGCCCACAGCCACACUCCGGCAGGUGAAUGCCCAACGGGGUCAGAACAAGACGAGUGGACCCUGGACGAUGGGUUUUGCGGAGACUCCGGGCUCUGGAGAUUGCCGCAAGCUUUCGGUCUGCCAACUCCGGGCGGCCAACUACGGCGGGUCCGACGAAGCCCUCUACGGGAUGUUCGAGGCGAUGGAGGGGCAUGGUCGGGCGGCCCAGGAGAUGGCUCAUCUAGUGCCCGAGCUGAUGAGGCAGGAGCAGUUGGUCAAGGAUUCGGCGGUCAGGGAUUACAUGAAGUUCACCCUGCUGGCGGCGCAGCAGCAGUGUGGCAGUGUCCGCAGUGCCGCCUUGUUCCAUCUCACCAGGACACGAGCUCCAUCGAAGGUGAGACCGCUGAAAAGUAAGCGCUAUGUCUUGCGCAUGGCCAGCACAGGACGCCUGGACGCCUAUUUGAUACGACGCACUUCCCAACUCCGUCUGACCGAAAUGGAGACCACCCCCAGCGAUAAGAGCCAUUCCAUGGUAAUGCCAGAUCCACAGGUUCUUGAGCUGACCCUUAGCAACGAUGACGAGUACCUGGUGGUGGGCAAUGCCCAGCUCUGGUCCGUGAUGGACAUAGAUCGCGCUGCCCGAGAGAUUCGCAAAGAGGAGAAUGCCGUGUUGGCGGCAAAGCGACUGGUGGACAUUGCCCAGAGUUUUGCGGCGGUGGAAAAUCUCAGUGUGAUUGUGGUGCGUUUCCGGCAUCUGGGCACCGAUGUGGACCACCUCAUCCGGGAACUGAAGCAGAGUGUGCGCAAGAAGCCUCAGCCGAUCUCCUUGCCUUCGUCCAGUGGGUCCGUUUGCAAGCGGACCUGCUGCGACCGGAGUAAUGCAUGUCGCCACCGGGCCAUCGAGCAGGAGCCGCUGGCAGGACGAUCCUCGCCGAGUGGCCAGAGCGAUCGGGAUCUGCUGGCCAAGGACAGCAAGGACGAUGAAUUCGUACUGGCCCAUGCCCGCGUUCUGCAGGAGGAGCAACAGCUGGAGAUGCUGGACGAAACCGAGUCGGUGCUGUCCGAGGAGCAGUUCAAAUGCUGGGAGUACAUGUUGGAGCAGAACACCCAGUUACUCUUCGACAAGGAGCUGAACACAAUUUCCAAGUCCUUCACGAAGCAGAGGACCGUGCCGAAUGCUAUCAUGGCAGCAUCUGCCGUACCGGAUCGCAAUGACUUCACAUCGAAUCUAAUGCGCAGUGUCACCAAUAAGUUCAUCUCGAGCAGCACCCCGCAGUUGCCCCAGCCACUGAGCUGCUCCACACCGAACUCCGUGCCCCUGGGAUCAUAUCAUCCGGUGAAACAGCCGGUUCCUGGACAUUUUGGCAGUGCCCUCUCCUUCCAGCAGGCUCAGAGCUACGGCUACAAUCUGUUUGAUGCCAAGCCGCGCAAGACUUCCGGAGGCAACGUGAAACGCGCCGGAGGACCCAAUUCCGCCUACUUUGGAUCCCUUCAGCGACUGAUGCCCUACAACUUCGAGUAUGACUUUGCCGUGACCCAGGAGCGGGAGAGGAACAUCCUGGACGAGGAGGAGCAGGACGACGAUGAGCUCAACGAGCAUGAGAGUCGCAUGCGAAAAUACUGGGGAGUGGCCACCACGGAACUCUAGCCUUAGGAUAACUUUCGCCAGAAGAUCUACUAGAAGUUCAAAUGUAUUAUUUAAAAUAGAUUUUAUUGUGUUGUUAGGCAGCUGUCAGA